GACGCUAAUCCCGCUCCUCUCCAAAGCCCGAUAGUGGGGGCAGGCCGGGAGAGGCAGCACGACUGAAGCAGGGGGCAUGAGGAGCGAAGUUCAAAGGGAGCGCGUGGUGACAAAGUUGGACAACUGAAGCGAGCUUCCUGAUCUUUAAGGUCUUUGUAAGGGUGUGUGGGACACCCUCAUCUGGGCUUAGUCCUGGAGACCAAAAGCCUUGCUGAGAGCUCUGCAGAGCGGGAAUGUGGUGGGAGCUGCUCACCUUCUUCUGCACCUCCCAGCAUGCAACCCGUGUUCUUCGUGGAAGAACCGGUAUUCACGACUGUGAAUCUGUGCCGGGUGGGAGAAGAAGACAACUACCUGACAGCAAAUGAGGGUUUUGGUGCAUAAUGCAGAGGCAUGGAGGAGCUCAGCGGUCAAGAAUCGAACUGUGAAGAUCUGCAAAGGAAGGAACAAAGACUACCCUUCCAGAUCUUCCCUGACCCGGUGGAGGUCGUUCUGGGUCCAGAGACGUCCUGGAACAGCUUAGGUGAGAACAACGAGAAGGAGCGCCUGCCCUCCAUUGUUGUGGAGCCCACUGAGGUGAGCGAGGUGGAGAGCGGGGAGCUGCGCUGGCCCCCGGAGAGCAUGGACAUGGACGAGGAGGAUGAAGAGGACCUCUUCCUGGAGCAAUGCAUCCCUCCUGCCAACAUUGCAGACUGGGGAGAGGAGGAUGAGGAGGAGGAGACGUCGGUUAUCCUGAGUCAGCAGCAAGGCUUGACACUCAUUGACUUACAGUCAGAUGCAUUUCGAGAUGACACACCCACGCUCCCUCCCAGCAGCGCUUCGGCUCUCAACUGAGACUUCUCAUGACCCAAAAGUGACAGCGACUGAAAUGAAAGACUAAAACUGCAGUGGUGAAAAAGGAAAAUGUUUGACCCUGAUUAAGCACUCAGAAUUGCCAUAAAUGGGCUUAUCUGCAGCCGCAGGAGCAGCACAUAGCGACACACAAAUGGAGAUAAGCGCCCAAACACGGCCUACAACACGUUCACACAACAUUUAACAGAAGACAUGCUGGGGUGGGAUUUCUUAUUUUGGGCUCAUUUUCUUGUACCGUUUACUCGUUUUCCCAAGGCAGCCUUUAGCUUGUUGGACUCUUAUCAUCAAUCACUUUCACUGUUCACACUGGAGGACACACAUCAUUACACUUAGAGGCAGUCUUAUCAAUACACUAUACUAUUAAAACUAAAUCUGUAAUAUACAUGAUUUAUGUUUUCUUUUUGUUUGACACAUGUCCAGUCAUUUGAACCAAGAAAAAACAAGGCAGCUCUUGUUUGUGGAGCAGUAUAGUUUGAUGUAGUGUGUCUAGACUGACCUGUGAAGAUAUUGUAUAUAAUAAUAUAAUAAAGGCUUUUGUCCCACCACA